AUGAUCGCCAACUUCGAGACGGACCUGCAGUUGAUCAAGGCCCUCAACGAGGAGUACGAGGCGCAGAUGCAGCGCUGGGCUGGGGCUUGUGAUUCGCAGGAGGAAUUCGUGUACGGUGCCGAGAUACUUCUACGCGGUUUGCACGCUGCCAUGGCUAGGAUGAGGUCGGAGACAAAUUUGAACGUUGAGCAGCAAGAGGCUUUGCAGCUGAGUCCGCCAUUCAGACAACAGGCCUGGCAUCGCCAAUUCAGCGAAAUGGAUAGAAUGUUGGCCGUAUGCCUAUUCGGCUCCUUUGCCGACAACCUGACGAUGGAACAGGUGGUGCACGGCGCCGACGAGAUGUGCUAUGAUGAGAAUUUGGUUCGACGCUACACGCCGUGCCCCCGCGCCCUCCACAGCUGUGCCCUCGUCUACAUCGAAGACCACCCGACGCACAAACUCCAUCAUUUGUGCGUAGACGAUGCGCGACCACACGUGACGAUACACCCUGAAUUCACGCGCGCGGACCUUCGGCAUCCGAUGGAUGAGCGCGUGCAGACGAUGUCACGAGGCGAUGGCGAAUGGCAGGUGUCACCGUCCUGCAUCAGCCAUAUGGAACGAGUCAUCCAUGGUGAUGUGACGAUAAAUGGAACCCUUUAUCAGGCGAGCAUGAUUUGCUGCAAAAAAAGCACGCGCUGCGACAAGUUGAUAGAUCAUGUCUUCCGUCAGGAGUUGUACCAGGGAUGGCCGAUUCACGCAGCCACGAUCACGUUCGCAACGUUCCACGCCGUCAUGUCGAUUCCGGUCGUUUGGGGCUGGUAUCAGCGGAUGAGGAAGACGAAACAAGAA